CCAGGAAGUAAUCCUGUAGGCAACAGACCAUUUUACGUCACUAUGCACUGAAACGAUUGAGGUCGAGUCCAGAGUGACUGUAGCCAUGGCAAUGACGGGCCAGACGUCCUUCACCACCAUGAGUAACCACACCAAGGAGCGCGUCACCAUGGCCAAGGUGACGCUGGAGAACUUCUACUGCAACCUCAUCGCCCAGCACGAGGAGCGCGAGAUGAGACAACAGAAGCUGGAGAAGGUCAUGGAUGAGGAAGGACUGGCAGAUGAGGAAAAGCGCAUGCGUCGCUCCCAACAUGCCCGCAAAGAGACAGAGUUCCUCCGGCUCAAGCGCACACGCCUCGGCCUCGACGACUUUGAGUCGCUCAAAGUGAUUGGCCGGGGAGCUUUUGGUGAGGUGCGUCUGGUCCAGAAGAAGGAUACGGGUCACGUCUAUGCCAUGAAGAUCCUGCGCAAAGCAGACAUGUUGGAAAAGGAACAGGUGGGGCACAUCCGAGCAGAGAGGGACAUUCUGGUGGAGGCGGACAGCCAGUGGGUGGUGAAGAUGUUCUACAGCUUCCAGGAUAAGAUGAACCUCUACCUCAUCAUGGAGUUUUUACCUGGAGGAGACAUGAUGACUCUGCUGAUGAAGAAGGACACUCUGAGUGAGGAGGCCACCCAGUUUUACAUUGGCGAGACGGUGCUGGCCAUCGACUCCAUCCACCAGCUGGGCUUCAUCCACAGGGACAUCAAGCCCGACAACCUGCUGCUCGACUCGAGGGGCCAUGUGAAGCUGUCGGACUUUGGGCUGUGCACUGGCCUGAAAAAAGCUCACCGCACAGAAUUCUACAGAAACCUCAGUCAUAACCUCCCCAGUGACUUCAAUUUCCAGAACAUGAACUCCAAGCGGAAAGCCGAGACAUGGAAGAGAAACCGGAGACAGCUGGCCUUCUCAACUGUUGGAACGCCAGACUACAUCGCCCCAGAGGUCUUCAUGCAGAACGGCUACAACAAGCUCUGUGAUUGGUGGAGCCUGGGGGUUAUCAUGUACGAGAUGCUGAUUGGGUACCCUCCGUUCUGCUCAGAGACCCCUCAGGAGACGUACAGGAAGGUGAUGAACUGGCGGGAGACUCUGGCCUUCCCUCCAGAGGUGCCCAUCUCCGAGAAGGCCAAAGACCUCAUCUGCAGGUUCUGCUGUGAACCCGAGCACCGUAUUGGCAUGACCGGGGUGGAGGAGAUCAAGACCAACGGCUUCUUCGAGGGAGUGGACUAUGACCACAUCAGGGAGAGACCAGCUGCCAUCCCCAUUGAAAUCAAGAGCAUUGACGACACCUCCAACUUUGAUGAAUUCCCAGAUUCAGAUAUUCUGCAACCAACGGUGGUAACCAAUCACAGCGAGGCUGAUCUGAAGAACAAGGACUGGGUCUUCAUCAACUACACGUACAAGCGCUUUGAGGGCCUGACGGCACGUGGGGCCAUUCCCUCCUACAUGAAGAGCAGCAAGAGAUAGCCCUUCUCUCUCCUCUUCCUCUUCCUCCUCCAAAACACAAAAACAAAACAAAACCCCUCACCGCUCUGCAACAGACUUUCCCCCUCCAUUGAGGACAACUCAUGGCACACACCUUCCCGGAGUUUGACUUUAUUUCUACUUCCUCCUUGCGUUUGUCCUCUUCCUCCUCCUUCUUCCUUUUAAGGGAUUUUAAGUGUUUUAUUUUUUUUGUAAACAAAACCAAGACUUACCUGGAGGUGGUCGCCAUUGCUGGCGAGGCCUCCGGCGAGCUGGUGGGGGGGAUAUGCAAGACUCUCCUCCUCUCCUCCCCUGCCCUUCUACCCUGCUCCAGUCCCAUGUCAUGGUUGAGACUAUGGCAGCAUGGCAAUGGCUAUGGAGGCCGGUCCUCUUCUCCCCUCCUCAAGCCCUGUGGAGAGAGCGAGAUGGAGACCACCUCAUCUGUCAAGAGGCUGACCUGGCUACCUUCUCUCCUCAGGCCUCAGGGCUGCCACCUGCCGCCAACCUCCUUUUUCCACCAUUGCUCCUCUCUUUGGUUCCACACCAGACCCCUCUGCAAGUCCUCUCUUUUCUAACCUCACAUUUUGAAGCCUCCUACUACUACACCUGCUGUACUGUACAUUUCUACCUCCUCUCCUCUCCUCUCCUUCCUGAUCUCUUCUUCUCUUUGACCUCUUUCAACUUUGACUCCUCAUUUCUCCUCCUCACAUCCCCUCCACGUCUUGUGUGAGUGGCUAGGGCUGCUGUGGUCACGUGUGCCUCACUCUCACAAAGGGCUUCUCUCUCUUUUUCUCUGUCUGUUUCACACACUUGCUUUCUUUCUCUUUUUUCUUUCUUUCUUUCUCAUCAAUGUUGAAAUGCAAACUUGUCUGUAGACACUGGAGCCUUUUUUAAAAAAUGGCGGGACCUGUUUUUGCCUCCGCUAAGCAGGAGACACCAGGCACUAGCUGCUCCUCGUCCUCUCCUCACCGCUCGACUCGGCUCAGCACAGCUAGCUUUGAGCAACAGCAGAAGAUUGGGUGAAAGGACAACUGCAAGAAAAGCACCCUUAAUGCCCAGUUAUACUCAACCAAAGAUCUGGAGGACAAUAACCUGAGUGUCAGAAACACGCAGACACUGUCUGUCUGUCCAUCCGUCUGGCUUUGUGUUUCUGUCUUUCUGUCUGUCUGUACCUGUCUGUCUGCAUCCCUCCUUUUGUCAUUCCUGUCUGUGAAUGCCGGCUUAAGUUAUCGAGCUUACUCUACGAUUCUACUACUACACCAUUCCAUCCUGUACCACAUGUGCUCGCGUUCGUAGUCUGACACCAAAUCCACAAGAAAAGCUCAACUUUCAACCCAUUGCAUAGGAAAAAGCUGGCUGUUGUUAAACACUUGAAACUGUGCCUGCAACUGCCUUUCUCGUAAAGUCCUCCUGAAUGUUUAUCAGAAUAUUCUGAUGGCGUCCAAGGGCGCCCUCUGUAGGGCUUUGUGUGUCAUUAGCCGUUCUAUGAGCAGAAUGUGUUCAAUGCAAAUGAGUACUGUGAUUCUCUAAACCGCAUGACUCGUUACGGUGAGUCUUUCUCAAACUUUUGACCAUUUUUUUAUUUCUUCAAAAGCCAGUGACUCUUAAGUUGAAGCUGGGACAACAGUGGAUUCUCUUUAGGGGUCAGUCAAAACAUACACAAUGUUUGACUCUAUGUAUGGAUCUUUUCUGUUUUAGCAUGCAGACAUGAUAUUGGUAGAGGCAAGCUUUGUGUAUGUACAUUUUUAAGUGCAACUUACUUAAGUCUCCUCAACUGCAAACACUGGUUAAGAGUCAUUGCUAUAAAAAUGUACAGGAGAAAAAAACUUGGGAAUGGGGCUUUAAGAUGUCGGCGAGUUUUGAAUGUAGGUGAACAGACACUGGAGUCCUAUGGACUUUUCGUCUCCUCUUUGUCUUACAUGGAGGCCAGUUUGUGUCUGGUCCUGGGACUUGACCCUUGACCGACACACUGCAGUCCCUUCCACCCCCAAAAUUCCAUUCCCUGUAUCUCCAGCAUAAAUAAGGCUCUUGUGUGUUUUUGAAUGCUAGGUAUGGUAGGUUUAGAGUAGUAUUUUAGGUUAGGGGUAGGUGUAUGGCAAUAAUCCCUGAAAUGCUGUUUGUUGUGUGAGUAGAGGGGCGCUUUUGAGUCCAGGUCCGCCACCAUGCUAGUCCUUCAAUGCUGUUCGAUGUUCUGGAAUGUAAUAUCUGGACCAAUGAGACUGGUCGUUGUUGUUGUCGUGUGUGCGAUCAACGCUUGGAGCAUGUGGCAGGGGUUGUUUUUAGUGUGUAAAUAUGUGCACAGGAAGCAUGUGUUGUGAUUUUGGAAAAGACAAAAAAAGAAAAAUGAGUAGGGUGUAUGUGUGUGUGUAUGUGUGUGUGUGUGUGUUUGUCUGCUGCAUGAGCUGCACAGCUCUGAGGGGGCGGGGCUUCUGCAGGUUAGGAUUCCGCCACUGAUGCAUGCUGGGUAGAGGCUGUUGAUUAAAAGCAAAUGACGUCUGGGGGGAAAAGUUUUUAAAAAUGAUCUUUUUUAAAGAAAAAAGAAAAUAAUGCUGCUUGAAUAGAUUUUUUGUUUCUUUUGCGUGAUUGUUUGCGAGUGCUGAAGCUUGCAUUUACCUGCUAAAAGUUGGUCAGGGUUUAGGGAUUAAGUUUGGAACCAUUUAAUUGGAGUUCUCCUCCUCUCCUGGCAACAGGCUUUUCAUUGACUCACAGAAGGGGCGCAGACUCGGUCUACUAAGCCAGCACUAUACAGAGUUAAACCCACAUUGUCAAUAGCCCAUGUUCAGUUAGCUGGAUUCACACUGUGGCACAUUGCGCACCAUAGACUUGAACACUGCUGCUUUAAGGUUAAGGUUGUCCGUUUUUCCAAAGCAUUAAAUACCACCACUGUUACCACCACUGUCACCACCAGCACUGUGCAAUGUUUACAUUUAACCCCACCAGCAUUGCAUUAAAAUGGCAAAACAACCAGGACUUGACAAAGAAGACAAAUACCAGCCUAUCGUCAAACACACCCAAUCAUAAAGCAUUUGUUAAUUAUGUACACAAACUGAAGUUGUCCUGUUUUGAUAAGAGGGUAUUUUAUAAUAGUGAUGGUAAGGGUUUUGCUCUGUCAAGUGCUGGCUUAUAGCGCUAGUGUUUGAGUCAAACCCCUCUUCCACUCCCACUCCUGGGAGUGACUGUGAGUCAGCCGAAAGCCCAGCUUGGGUCGAUGGUGCCCACUGCCAGACAGGGUUUCUCAGGUAGCGUGAGGUCUGUGUGUAAUGCACUGUUGCUACUGGUGUUUUCGUUUUGAAUGGGCAUCGUGAGUCAGGCUUUCUGUAAGUGCACGAAGAACUUGCUAGAAUGCUGGUAAAGCUGGCAGAGAGAAAUGACUUGGCCUGCCUACCUGCACAGGUUAAAGGGGGAAAGUUGUUUCAUGCCCGACCGACUGGGCAUUUGUGUGUGUGUGUGGUGAUGGAUCACUGAAUGGCUAAUAUACAAAAAAUUAUGCACUUUUUCCAGGUAGAGAGUAGGUCUGUUGGUGAUUUAAAGGAAAAAAAAACAUUUUUGCCUUUUCUGCCCUUUUUUUCUUUCAUUGAUCGCUGGUUAAGGUGUAGUUAAAACCAGUUAUAAUGUACAGCGGAGAGACAAUGAGCAUGUACAUAGAAAGCUGCUUAGGCUAUGUUGGAGGUUUUUUUUUUUUUGCAAGUGUUACUGGAUGUGUAAUGUUGCUUUUAGGGGUCUGGCCCUUCCUUGUUUGAGCACCUUUCUGUGGAUGAUGGUUGACAGCUUGUAUUUUUGUGUGCUGAUGACCAGUUUGAAAGCAAUAAAGCACCUGCUGAUAUGACACCGAGCCAAAA